AUGUCCUCUCCUCCGGCGCCUGCACUAGUCUCAUCGCCUGAGCAGGCUACUCAGACAUCGCAGCCAGUUGCGGAUGCACAUACUCCAGACCAACCACUUGAGCCGGCUGCUCCCCACCAACCUGAACAAGAACCAGUAAUCGACGACGAUUCUGCCUUGAGUGCCGGAGUAGACUCUUCGACGGCAUCUGUUGCUUCAAGUAUCUUGGAGUAUCGAAAGUUCAAGGGACGGUCCUAUCACUCUACCUACCAUGACAGUAGCUAUCCAAUUCCCACUGACGAACAAACUCUUGAGAACUUUGAUCUGAUGCAUCACUUCCUGACAUUACUCACUGACGGCAAGCUGUAUCUGGCACCUGUAAAGGACGAUGUUCAGAGAGUACUUGAUGUUGGAACGGGAACAGGAAUUUGGGCGAUAGACUACGCUGACGAGCACCCAAAUACCGCUGUCGUUGGCACAGAUUUGUCCGCUGUACAGCCAGACUGGGUACCCCCGAAUCUCAAGUUCGAGAUCGAUGACUGCACUAAGCCCUGGACUUGGGAUGCAAAUACCUUUGACUUUGUGCAUAUGCGCUACUUGUUUGGCGCUAUAAGAGACUGGACCGCUCUGUUCAAAGAGGCUUACAAUGCAGUCAAGCCAGGAGGAUGGGUCGAGUCUUGCGAGUCUGAGCCAAUGACACACAGCGACGAUGGAACCGUAACAGAUGAUGGGUCAACCGCGCUGGGAGGAACCUGGGAUAAGAUGUUCAUCGAGGGAGGCAAAGCCACCGGAUGCUCCUUGUCUGUCCUUACGGAAGAUCUCCAGAUGAAGGCUAUGAAAGAAGCUGGCUUCGUGGAUAUCCAGGAAACCUUCUACAAGAUACCAUUUGGUUCAUGGCCUAAAGACCCUAAGAUGGCGGAGAUCGGCCAGUACGCGAAGCUCAGUCUGGAAUCCGACCUCGUUGGAUAUUCACAAAUGAUUUGGCACGAAGUUCUGAAGUGGCCGGCCGAAGAGUAUCAGAUUUUCCUGAUGCAGGUACGAAAGGAUCUCCGGAACAAGAAACUUCAUCCUUACUUCAAGGUUCGCUUUGUCUGGGGCCGGAAACCUGAAGCCGAACAUAAAUUCCGCUCUCACAUUCUCCCGGUACUGGAGGAUCUCAGCUUGUUGCAAGAAUAA